AGAAUGGCUGAACAGCAGAAGGAGCAUGCCGUGGAGUUGGACCGCAGUCAGUUUUGCUGUGCAGUAUGUCUGGACCUGCUGAAAGAGCCAGUCACCAUCCACUGUGGACACAGUUACUGCACAAGCUGUAUUAAGGGAUGCUGGGACCAUGAGGAGGAAAGGGGAAAGUACAGUUGCCCUCAGUGCAGGGAGACCUUCAAUCCAAGGCCUGCUCUGCGGAGGAACAACAUGCUGGCUGAGGUUGUGGAGAAGCUGAAGAUGACGAGCACCCAGCAGGAUUCUCCCUCUGCUGCUCUGGCCUGUGCAGGUUCAGCAGAUGUUGCCUGUGAUUUCUGCUGUGGGACCAAACCUAAGAAAGCCACCAUGUCCUGCCUGACGUGCUUGGCGUCUUACUGUCCAGCUCACCUCCAGCCUCACUACACCGUUCCUGUGCUGAAGACGCACCAGCUGGUCUCGGCUACAAUCCCACUGCAGGACAAGAUGUGUACCAAGCACAACAAGCUGAUGGAGGCCUACUGUAAGACGGACAAGAGGUGCAUCUGCUAUCUGUGCAGUAUAGAUGAACAUAAGUGCCACAGGAUCAUCUCAGCAACAGCAGAGAGGGCUACGGAACAGGAAAUGCUGAUUGUGAGACUAAAGAAAGUCCAGGAGAGAGAAAAGGAGAGAGAAAAGGAGCUGAAUGAGCUGAGUCGAGCUGUGAACCAUUUCAAGAGUUGUACCCAGACUACAGUGAAGUCCUGUGAUAAGAUCUUUGAUGAUCUGAUCUCCUCCAUAAAGAAAAGACGCACUUUGAUGAGGAUGCUAAUCAAAUUCCGGGAGAAGACUGCAGUGGCUCAGGCUGAAGAGCUGCAGCUGCAGCUCGAGGAGGAGGUCACCAAGCUGAAGAGGAGAGACGCCGACCUGGAGGAGCUUUCUCAUACAGACGACGACAUUCAUUUCAUUCAGACUUUCCAGUCUCUCUCCACCUCCUGUGAAUCUCCAGAUUUGCCAGCUGGAGCUGUUGUUCUUCCUCAGCGUUCGAUCGGAGCUGUGACUGACCGCGUGUCUGAGCUGAGAGAAAACAUGGAGAAGCUCCUGAAGGACACAUGGCCUGUGAUCUCUGCCACAGUGGGUGCUGCAGAUGUUGUACUGCCACCUGUGCCAAAGAAGAGAAAUGAGUUUUUACUCUAUUGCCGUCCUUUAACACUGGAUCAGAACUCAGUCUACAGAUGCUUGUCCCUUUCAGAAGAAAACAGGCGGGUGACUCGUGAAUACCAUGAGAAAUAUUAUUCUGCUCACCCAGACAGGUUUACAAAUGUCAUGCAGGUGUUGUGCAUAGAGGGAUUGUCAGAGCGAUGCUACUGGGAGGUCAGUUGGAGUGGUGGUACAUGGUCAGUGGCAGUGUCGUACAAAGACAUCAGCAGAACAUAUGAGUCCGAGUUUGGAAAGAACAACAAGUCAUGGAGUUUAGAGUGUUCACCAGGUGGUUAUGUCGUACAACACAACACAAAAAUUGAGUUUGUGUCAGGUCCUAACUCCUCCAGGAUCGGAGUGUUCCUGGAUUAUAAAGCAGGUACUCUGUCUUUUUACAGCAUCUCUGACACGAUGACUCUGCUCCACACAGUCCACAACACGUUCACUUAGCCUCUCUAUCCUGGCCUCGGGCUGAAGAGUGCUGGAUCUAGCACUGGACAUUAUGCAGAACUGAUGAAGUUAUGGUGAUCAGAUUUAUAUUGAGGCGGGGGUUUUUGCUGCAAGUGGCCCUCCAAUAUAGCUGGAUACCAUGUGAUAGAUGAGAGGAUGUGAUUUUAUAUUUUGACCCUAAAUUUCUGAACCUGUUAAAGCACUUCAAAUAUCUUUGUAGUUUGAGUAACACCUUCCAAAGUCGCAAAUAAACCAUUUCCUCGUUGCAACAGUCCAAGCAGUUAAGGUAAAAGGGUGGAGAGGUGUGUGUUGUUAGACACAGGAGUUGUUAACUGGUUUGGAGUUUCUUUCUCUCACUUUUGCUUUUCCAGUUGAAACUAACUCAUUGCUCCUUGGUGUUUACAGAUGUGUCACAUUAGCUCAAAUGUUAGUCUUUGCUGGCGGUUUACUAAAUUUUAAAACAGGACUUUUAAAAAGUGUUUUUGUUGGUGAAUGUGUUUCAGAGUAUUAUGGACCUCAGUGGUUAUGGUCGAUUUAUUGAACUUAAUAUGACAUGCAUGUUACAUGGUUUGCUUUCAUUUGUUCUGUUUGGAUUGUCAACUUUUUGAAACCCUUACAGGUUAAAAUGUGUUUCUCAGAAAUGGUGACACUGUCGUGUAUAUGCAGAAGAUUGUUUUGGUUAAUUUUGAUAAUUUUUUUUUUAAAAGAAAGAAAUGAAUCAAUAAAUGCAAUCACACAACCUGUAAAUUUCUGGUUUGCAUUUCUCUCUGUUAUGUAGCAGAGUCUGAACAGUCUGAAAUCUAUUACUUGAAUAUCAAAUUUAAUAAGUACAUCUACAGUAUCUUUUGCGGCGUAGUGUCUUUUAGCAUCGGGGUGUCCGGAGUUACUUGCUGUGUCUGAAUCAACUGAAUAAUUAGAUGAAGGAAUUCUGUGUAGGGGGAGGAACGCGGUGUCUCAUUACUCUCCUUACCACCAGUUUAUGUCUGACUGAAACAAAUGCAAUAUAACACCACAGCAUAAAUAGAGAGGAGUCAUUAGAAUAUUAAUAAUCCUCCUCAUUUAGGUUUUAAGUGUAAAGUUGAUUCAACUCUGCGGUCAGGUUGGAUGCUGCAGUUUGUGCUGCUGUUGAAGCCUACACUAUGUUCAAGUUCACACGUUUGACUCAAAGA